GGGUCUUUCUUCUGCGUUCAGCGAUGCUGCUGGCCACGUACUUCUUUUUCUCCUCUACAGUGUUGCAAGCUCAGUCUCUGCUGUCUCAGAAUCGACGGUUCCAGUUUGCGGAUCCUGGGAACACGGCUAAGAUCACAUGUGCUUUGAAAGAAAAAGCUCAGGGUUUUGAAUUUUCAUUCAGCUGGUACAGAAGAAGAGAAGGCGAAUUACCUCUUUUAAUCAAGACUUGCAAUGAUAAGAAGAUUACAGACAAAUUUGGUUGCAGAGCAGAAGAAAGGAACUUGAUACUGGAAAUUGACCAUGUCCAAAAGGAAGAUUCGGGUCUUUAUUUGUGUGCCGAAAGAGUUUAUGGAACCUCAAACUUCAGCACCGCAACUUCACUGAUUGUUGGAGACAGUUACACCCUGAGCACCUGGGUGAUGCUUUUGUUCCCAUCAGCAUCCCAAUCUGUGCAGAGCGACCAUCUCGCUUGCGUGGUCCAUGGAGCGUCCAACUUGGUCCAGGUGUCCUGGAGCAUCUCUGGAGAUCUCCAGCAAGAGGGAUGGACACUUUUGGCGAAAAACAGCAGCGGCUCCUUAACCUUCAUCAGUCUUCUUUCCGUCCCCAUGGUGGACUCGCAGACGAGCGGGAAGCUCUACACCUGUGAAGUCAGGUUCAAUUCUUCCGGAAAGAGAGUGAAGAAGAGUGCCCCGUUCCCUGCAGCUUCCUCUGCAGACCCUCCUGGUUCUGUGGAUCAAUGCACAAGCUACAAGAUACCCCUGGCUGUCGGGGGCCUGCUGGCGUUGCUGCUGCUUCUCCUGAGCUUCCUUUGGAUCCGGCUCUGCCCUUCUGGUCCAGGAUUCCAGCCCCAAUUCUCUGAACCUCCAGCCUCAGAGGCUCUGCAGGAAGGCAUUUGCUACGCCCAACUGGAUUUCUCUUCAAGGAACCAGGAUGGGAACAAGAAGAGGCGAGCAUCUCAAGGGAGACCUCUCAUGCCUUGAAUGACAUUCAACAAGCUGGUAGACAGUCCAUGGAGGGAGCAUUGUUGGGAUCGUGUGCUCCAGAGAGAACGACAGUCCUCCUUUCUACACAUGGGCACAUACACAAGGCAUGGCAGAUAUAACUUGGCCAUUAGAGCAUGCUGGAGAAUGAGGACAUGGGCACCAUUAAUAUGGUAAAAGGUUUCUUUAAUACAAGCAUCAGCGUGUAGCAUAUUUAAGGAUAUUCAGUCUGGUACUCAUUUUUCUUUUUUGCAUCUUCCCGUCUGUUAAAAGUGAUGUGCCUCUUUACCAUCAACCUAGUCCAUAGGAAUCAUAUUAUGUUCUGGCCUUCCAGGAACAGACAGACUGAAUGUGGCAUUUCUGGGACACUUUCUACUAUCGCUUCUUCCCAAUGUCCAUCUUGGGGUUGAACUCUUACUAUCUCUUUUUUUUAAUGGUUUGAGUAACCCGGGGGAACCUGAGUUCAAAUUCCCAUGCAGCCACAAAACUCACUGGGUGACUCUGGGCCAGUCACGUAUCUCUCAGCCUAACCUACCUCACAGGGUUGUUGUGAGGCUGAACAUGACCAUCUACACUGUUCUGGACUUCUUGGAGGAGGAGCAGGAUAUGAAUGAAUGAAUGAAUGAAUGAAUGAAUGAAUG